AUCUUGGGUGGGAGCAACACAACUAGACUGAAAAGUUAUUGGGUGGAACACAGCGUGCUAGCUGGCUACCUAGCCUGUCAGCCAACCAAGCAAACCUGCGACUCUGUGUCGGGGAAGUGCUAGACGACAGCGGAUGGAAGGUUCUGUUUUGGCUGCUGUCAGUGUUUUCAGAGUGUAACUAUGGGGCUUUCCCCCCGACCAGCACAAACUGGAAGAACAAAAUUCGAAACUAAUGGUCUGUAACUACGAUAUGGACUCUGUGGUGAUCCUUCCACCAACAAAAAAUGCUAGUUAAACGAAGUUGAAAAAUGUGUAUGGUUAGGGAUUUGUCGUCGCCGAUGUCUCCGCUGUUGUCCAGGAGGACAAGAUGGCAGCAAGGCAGGCGUUCUGAGCAUGGUGUGGGUAAAAUUUAACUCCAUAACAUGUUCGGAAAAGGCUGGAGUUCAGGCUAUUGUAACGGCCUGUGAAGGUAUGGCCACACAGGUCCUGGUGUACCCACCGCAUGUUUAUCAAACCCAGUCAAGUGCCUUUUGCAAUAUAAAGCAACCCAGAGUUGUGCUCAGCCGCUGUGCUGCAUACCACGAGAGGAUCCCACAGGUGCGUGUGAUCGGCAUUAAUCUAGACGACGACGACGACGUCGCGCCCUUCUCAACUCAUAUUCCUCCCUCAGAGACUGAGGUGUCAACAGUUUGCAACAGACAUCCAGCGGGCGAUCAGGAGCUGCAGAAACCAGUGCGGAGCGAGCAGCACCUGUCGUUGUCAGCAGCAGCAGCAGCAGCAGCCCUUGAGCCCCCAGGAAGAGUCUCCUGCUCUGAGGAGGCAGCCUCAGCACAGCACGCAACAAGGCCGGAGGGCAGCCGCCGCGGAGUGACUGCAACAGCAGCCGUUCCAGAGUCUGACGGUGGCGGCGGUGGUGGUGUCUGCAGACGUGGUGGUGGCAGCUGCAACAGCAGGAGCAGGGCUGGAGGGCGAGAACUGGGGAAAGGCCCGGAGGAUAACACCAAUAACAGACGCGGUAGCGGUAGUGGUAGUGGUAGCGGCAGCAACGAAGGCUUGGACUUGGUUGCCAGGCCUAUGAGAUGUGGUCUUGAUCAAAGUCAAAGUGGGGCUUUUGAGAAUAGUUCAAGCAGCACCAUGCAGAUAGUAGAGGACUGUUCCACCCUGCCUGCCAUGUUGCAAACUAGUGUAGGGAACACAACGACGGCGGCAGCGGGAGCAGUGGUCCCGCUAAAGGAGACCGGCACUACUGGGGGUGGUGGUGCUGGUGGUGCGGCGGCAGGAGCAGCAGCAGCGGUGACGAGCGGCGGCACCGUGGAAGGGGACUACCAGCUGGUCCAGCACGAGGUGCUGUGCUCCAUGAAGAACACCUACGAGGUGCUGGAGUUCCUGGGCCGCGGGACGUUUGGUCAGGUGGUGAAGUGCUGGAAGCGCGGCAGCAGCGACAUCGUGGCCAUCAAGAUCCUGAAGAACCACCCGUCGUACGCGCGGCAAGGACAGAUAGAGGUGGGCAUCCUGGCUCGCCUGAGCCGGGAGAACGCAGAGGAGCACAACCUGGUGCGGGCCUACGAGUGCUUCCAGCACCGCAGCCACACCUGCCUGGUGUUCGAGAUGCUGGAGCAGAACCUGUACGACUUCCUCAAGCAGAACAAGUUCAGUCCGCUGCCGCUGAAGGUGAUCCGGCCCGUGCUGCAGCAGGUGGCCACGGCGCUGAAGAAGCUCAAGAGCCUGGGCCUCAUCCACGCUGACCUGAAGCCCGAGAACAUCAUGCUGGUGGACCCCGUGCGGCAGCCGUACAGGGUUAAAGUCAUCGACUUCGGCUCGGCCAGCCACGUGUCCAAGGCUGUGUGCUCCACGUAUCUGCAGUCCAGAUAUUACAGAGCUCCAGAGAUCAUCCUGGGACUGCCCUUCUGCGAGGCCAUAGACGUGUGGUCCCUGGGCUGCGUGAUGGCAGAGCUCUUCCUGGGUUGGCCCCUCUACCCCGGGGCACUGGAGUAUGACCAGAUACGCUACAUUUCCCAAACGCAAGGUCUGCCGGGGGAACACCUGCUGAAUUCAGGGACCAAAACCCCUCGCUUCUUCUGUAAGGAGUCAGAGUCGCCCUACUCUGCCUGGAGACUGAAGACGACAGAGGAACACGAGGCCGAGACGGGCUUGAAAUCAAAGGAGGCCAGGAAGUACAUCUUCAGCUGUCUGGACGACAUCGGACACGUGAACCUGGUGCUGAGUAUGGAGGGAGCUGACCAGCAGGCAGAGAAGGCGGACCGCAGGGAGUUUGUGGACCUGCUGAAGUCCAUGCUGCUGAUCGACGCGGAGCGCCGCCUGAGUCCUGGGGACGCGCUCACACACCCCUUCCUCACCAUGCAGCACCUCUUCGACUUUCCCCACAGCAACCAUGUGCAAUCAUGUUUACACAUCAUGGACAUGGGUCAAUCAAAGUCCGGCUCGUACGAUUCCCUCAGCCGCAGCAAAGCCCCAGCGGUCCGAACGACCACGUUGGCCACAAGUUCCAACAUGAGUGUGGCCUUCAAUAAGAUGGCCUGCGUUCACACACAGUCUCUGGCUCCAUCUGCGUCCUCGGUGCUUCAUCCUGGGAUCCCCAUCCAGGCAGGAAAUGCUCAGUUUGGCUGCAACGACUCCUUCCAGCAAGCCCUCAUCCUCUGCCCCCCGGCCCUCCAAGGAAUCCCCUCGAACCCGAGUCAGCAGGCAGCCUACCCCGUCAGGAUGGAGAGCACCAUCCCCCUGGUCACGCAGGCCCCCGCCAUCCAGCCAAUCACCAUGCGGCCCGGGGUCAUCGCACAGCAGCCGUGGUCGAACCGGACCCCUCAGAUCCUGGUGCCAGCCUGGCAGCAAGUUCCACCUCCUGCCACCACCCUGGCAUCCGACAGCAUGGCACCACCCCAAAGGCUGGGAGACUGGGGGAAAGUGCCGCCACACGGCAGCCACUUCGGCUCCGUGAUGCAGCAGCCUCUGCUACCAAACCAAAUGGCCGUCUCCGCUCACCAACCAAUCAACAUCGGCAUAGCACACGUGGUGUGGCCGCAGCCAGCAUCCAACAAGAGGGGCAACACCAUCCACAACAGGGGCAUGAACAUCUCCCACAGUGCCGACCCGCUGGCCUCUACGUGUCGCGUGUCCCCAAAGAUGCUGGACAGGCCGCUGAGUGCGGGGUUGGAGGACGUCCUGCCCCUGCCGCCGCCCCCCGCCAGCGCCUCCAUGCCCUCGCGGGUCGGCUCCUCCACCGAACCCUCGCCACCGCGGGACGACAGCAGCUGCUGCCGCUCCGACCAGGACUCAGACGAGGGCCGACGCCCACAUCGGCAUCAUCACCACCACCACCAUCAUCACAGGCAUCGUAAUCAUCCUCAUCACCAACACCGUCGGGAGAGGAGGAGGGAGCGGCGCCAUCCCCAGCAGCAGCAGCAGCAGCAGUCUAUCGUCAUCAGCCACUCCUCCCCCCACUCCCCCAGCCCCACCGGCAGCAUCAUAAGCAUCAGCAGUGACGAGGACGACCACCACAGGCAGCCCAGCCCACAGAGGUGUGUGGGCAGUGCGGAGUGCGAGGCGUGUGAGGGCAGCCUGAACAUCCAGCGCGUGUGUUCCCUCAGCAGCCCCGACAGCAGCCUCAGUACCAGCUCCUCCGCAUCCGCACAGUCCAGCCCCGAACCCUGCAAGACAGGCAACAGCAUGUCGGAGGAUGACGGCAACGAGAGCGGGCGCGAGACUGUGGAUGGCUCCCCUGCCUCGGACUCCCCCAGCACCAGCCCCUACGCCGACCCCCCUUACCACCACCUGACCAAUCAGAACAGCGAGAGAGAGCGGCCCGCCCCGCUGGCCCCGACCUCGGAACGUCUCGGCGGCGGCGGGGGCAACAAGCCCACUGUCAGGACCGUGGUGGUGCCCCCCAUGAGGGUUCACAACAACAACAACAACCCCCCCAUGCCAGACGAGCGCUUGGCCAACACCGUCUUCGAGUCCUUGUGCCAGUCCAGAGGGCGCUGCGUCCCCGCACGGCUGAGCCACUUCUCCACCCCCAUCCUGUCUCGCCAGCAGCAGCAGACCAUGACCUCCGCCUUCCAGCAGCAGCAGCAGCAGCAGCAGCCGCCGCCACUGGGCUUCGGACAGGUCCAGCACUACGGCUCCUGUCACAAGGAGUGGAAUGGCAACUAUGUGUCCCACCGGCCGCAGGCCUUCAUCCCCCCCACCGCUCACCACGCCCAUCACGCCUUCCCCCUGGCAGCCCACGCCAGCCCCACCCACAGCCACACCCACACCCACAGCCACACCCACAGCCACACCCACAGCCACACCCACAACGUGGCCCCUCCUCCUCCGGCGCCCACCGCCCCGGCGGCAGUCCCUCAGGGCGUGCCUCCUCACCCUCAGGUACCAGCCCCCGCCCUGCUCUCCUUCCCACCUCCUCCUCCGCCCCCCACCUCCGCCCCCACCGUGGCCCACCUGUUGGCUUCGCCCUGCCCCUCGCGGCCCGCCGUCCUGCAGCCCGCCUACGGACUCCUGCCGCCGCCCCACACCCACGCGCACCACCCCCACACCCACACCCACUCGCUUACGGUGGGGCUCAGCCCCCACCACCAUCCGCACCCUCACACCCACCCACACACCCACCACCACCCCCACCCGCCGCCGGCCCAGUUCAAGCCUCUCUUCCCCCCGCAUUCCUUCAUGGCCUCUCCCGUCUACGCCGGGUUCCCGCUCAGCCCCACCAAGCUCAGCCAGUACCCUUACAUCUGAGCCUGAGCCUGCGGCCCGGACCCGGACAUGGGCUCGGACCCGGACGUCUGGGGCUGGCCCACUCCACCAUCGCCAUCACCACCACCACCCUCACCACCAC